CAGCUCGAUGUGAAGUUUUAAGACUGACGGCUGCCCAUUCCCCAAAGCCCCCCCCUGCUCAACCUACCCCAGAAAGUAACUCCCGGCAUCCUCAAGAGCCAGACCGCAUACUCUCGUAACCGUAGGUGGUAAAACGACGCAGGGGAACCAACAAAGCGACUAUGGCGCCAUCGUCCAACACCUCGUGAGCCGAUGCCCUUCUUUUCCCUUUCCCUGCUUUCUCUUGCAGCAUGUCCGAAUUCUCUACCUUGCCAUGCUGUUAGUCCAGACUAUUGGUGCUGACCAGCCAAACAGCGAACAGGGCGGCUUCUCGGGAUGGGUCGCUAAACCCCCCCGCAUGCGAACAGCCUGUACGCAGUGCCAUGCCGCAAAGAUACGGUGCAGCGGCGACAAGAGCGGUUGUCAAAGAUGCAACAGCCUCGGUCUGCACUGCGAGUAUGUCGUGUCCAUGGUGGGUAGGACACCCAAGCGGCAGCGCAAGAGCUCCGAGGCCCGAUCGCAGAGAGCCCACCCAUCACCGCCUGAGAGUCAACCAUCCGAACAGUCGCUGCCUCGGUCAUCCUGUCCGUCGACGAGCGGCUCUGUCAGCGAAGCUUCAGUCUCCGCAGCCAACGCUGCCGGCGACAACUUCGAUGUCUCGCGAACCAUAUUUGUCUCGGGGCCGUCCAUGACCCAGACAGACUUUACAGAUGACCAGCUCUUCGAUUACCUCAACGAUGAAAGCUGGGCAUCAGGAGGAGCAGCGGUAGCCUGUCCAACGGGUAUUGAUGACGGGCAGAACUUCCCUGAGGCGACAGGGUUCGAGAUCGAAGGCUUUUCUAUACCGCAAGACAUCAACCCUCCGGCAACUAGCGGACCGUGCUCAUCCAUGGCCAUGCCGGUGAAUCAGCCCCCAUCCCAGUCUUCCGGAAUACCAAGCUUCUUCCCUAUGAGCCCGCGGUCGCCUAGUCACAACGCAGCCGCCGCAUCUGGACAAAGCAGCCAGGACUGGGCGCAGUUUGUGCACGUCGUGGCUCUUUGCAAAAUGGUCCGACUGCUGGAGAGCCACGUACAGACCAAGUCGACGGCCGUGGACGAGGUGAUGCGUUUGAACCAAGCUUGUAUCAGGGACAUUUCGAAAAUAUCCGCCAAGAAAGAGUAUAUGCAGUGCAGGAGCUGUCCUGCUCUGAUAUCGACCAUCAUGGAGCUUAUUGUCACGCUCUAUGAGGAUAUCACCAAGCACCCAAGUCACGAGCAACUGGCCACAUCAGCGUUGUCAACGCCCAACGCGCCGUUCUUGCAGUUUGGGGUCUUUGAGCUCGACCCUGAGGAGCAGACCGUAAUCCGCAACAGAAUCAUCCGCAAGGAGGCCCAAAAAUGCGUCCAAAUUAUACAAUUUCUGAAGCGGCUGCUUGAGUCCGAACUGAACACCCCAGACAAGGGAUCUGCACAAUCUCAGGCGCUGGGAAACUGGUACGAAGGCAUGGAGAGAAGGAUGAGCGAUCUUGUUUCGAGUUUGGUGCCUUUGACGUAACUGUUUAUGGACAACUCCUAGAGAGGUGCCGAGGCACGGGUUCGAGUUUUUUUUGGUUUCAGAUGUGCGCCGAUCGGCUGCUUGUUUCCAUUAAAUGUUUAUGGCGGUGCUGCUUGCAUGUACGGAAGCCUAGGUCCGGCUGAGGCUUAAGUCUGUACAUAUUGAGACCUAUGACCAGAUCUAC